UAUUUUUAAAUCAAUUGAUCGUUCAUUCACCGCUGUUGUUUUCGUGGUGUUUUAUUGAUAAUAAUAAAUAAAUACACGAUUAUUGCGAAAUAAUAUUGUAUCGCGAUGACUAUCAGUAUCGGUAAUUAGUGCAAUAAAAUCUGCGUAGUUAAUCUUAGACUUUCUAUGAAAAUUAAUGGUUCUACUUUGUGCAAUCUACCUACAAGCUAUAUAGUCAGGCAUAUUUUUGUAAAUUAUUGCUGUGACUUCGUAUUUCAUAUCUUAUUUUCCAAUAAGACGUUUUUAAAGGUUAAAGUGUUUAACGAAAUAUGAACAGAGAAAUCGUCAUAAUAUAAAUUUAAGAAGCAAUCUGAGAAAGUUAAAGAUCUAAUGACUUGACUUACGCCGAGUCAAAAUGACGUCGUUUGCUAAUAUGACGCAGUCGCUGGCGGCCAGUUUACCGGCCACUUCAACCUCGUCCUCGGGCCCUAACCACGGCGCCACCGAUCAAGAAGAUCCACUCGGCAUGUCUAACAUCAUAUGUAGUCUUCUUGAGAAUAUGAACAAACCUUCUACCAUGCAGGGUGGACCAUCCAACUCCAGUUCAUCGACUUUACCUUACGAUAUCUGGGCUCUACCAUCUUGCAGCUCUUUACCAAACCCCAUAGGGAGCUCGAGCCGUGACUAUGGAUCGACAUCUAAUAAUAACAACAAUGCGAGUCAUUCCAAGGAAGACAACUCGAGCGGCUCGCCUGGCACAUCGUCGUCAGUUUCGAUCACCUGCUUCCGUUGCGAGGAACGGACCCCCACCAUGCGUUGCCUCGAAUGCAAUGACCUCUUCUGUCACGAAUGCUGCCAUAAAGUGACAUCUGACUGCCAAUUACGUGAGCAUACUCUGCUUCCAAUUCAUCAGAUUUCACCGAUCGGAGCUAGACCCAAUUCUGUUACGAAUGAUAAGGAAGUCAUGUAUUGCGAGCUGCAUUGUGAUCCAGUGAGAUAUUAUUGCGAAGCUUGCAUUAUCUUUAUUUGCCAAGAAUGCACUUUAUGGGUGCACAAAGAUCAUUGCUACACUCCAAUAAAGGGUGCGUUGGAUAUGUGUCGUAUCGGUGUAUUUCGGGCCAUCGAAGACACAAAGACUGGCACAAAGGCAAUAAAAACGGCCAUCGAUCGUGCCGUCGCCAUGUCUAAAGCGUACGAAAAGGAGACAGCCGAAGCUAACAUGAAAAUCAGAAAGGCAAUGCGUUGUUUUGCCCAAGCAAUUGAAGAUCGUGAAAAAUAUCUAUUGGAUAAAGUGGAAAAGAUGCGACAGGCCAAAAUGAACGACCUAACUGAUCACAUGAAUACACUGCGGGGUAUACUGGCAGGGCUAGCUCAUACUAACGAAACAUUAGUGAGGAGUAUGGAUUCGGAAGGAAUUGACUUGUUUAUGGCCAAAGAAAAAGGAAGAGCUCAAGUAGAUUAUUUCUCGUGCAUGUUCAAAAAUAUGUACGUUAAUGAAGAGCGCAUUAUGUUUAUUCCACCUAAUUAUGAUUUAGUAGAUCAGAUAAAAAGGCAAUGCGACCUGCAGUUGGCACCGGUAAACGCCCUACAUUCUUUGACAUCAUCAUCGACUCUGCAAUCUCGCCAAUCCUUGCUGCAGUCACUACAGUCAGCUCAAACCUUUUCGCCUUUGACAUAUCAAAUGUCGAUAACCAACAGCCUCCGCUCCUUACCAGACUACACUACUAGUCACACCAGAUCCACAAACUAUUACGACCACAGUAUAUCUUCCAGUAUUUCAAUGGAAUCUAACCCUGCGCGUGGUAUCGGUCAGGCUAUACCUGGAUAUUGGAUGUCAGUCUCCGUGAAGCCGACUAGGAGUCCAGUUCCUGGAGUACCGAUGUUUUCUUUUGGUAGAGAGGGUCAAGACGAAGGUCAAGUCUCCAGGCCUUGGGGAUUAUGUGUCGAUAGAGAGGGCAAUAUAAUUGUAGCCGACAGACGAAACAACCGUAUUCAGAUAUUCAAUAACCGCGGCGAAUUUAGAACUAUGUUUGGCUCUAAGGGAACGGGUCCCGGCGAGUUUGACCUUCCCGCCGGCAUCACAACUGACACCUAUGGCCGCAUCAUCGUUAUCGAUAAAGAUAAUCACAGAGUGCAGAUAUUUACUUCUUCGGGUAAUUUUAUUCUAAAAUUUGGAUCGUUUGGAAAAGAAUGUGGACAGUUCCAAUACCCGUGGGACGUAGCAGUGAAUACUCUGGGUAACAUUGUGGUGACAGAUACGCGUAACCAUCGUAUUCAGCUAUUUACUAGCGACGGAACAUACAUCACCAAGUUUGUAUUCGAAGGAGCCAAUCCUGCGAAACUGCUGAAAGGACCUACAACUCCUAGAGGAGUUUGUUUUACGACUUCCGGCAAUAUAAUAGUGUCGGACUUUGAAAAUCAUCGUUUACUCAUGGUGGAUCCGACGCUAUCCAAAGUCUUACAUUGCGUAGGACGCGAAGGGUCCGGCAUAGGUGAGCUGAAUCGUCCAUCCGGCAUCGUAACAGAUGACGAUGGUCGCAUAAUUGUGGCCGAUUCGAAGAAUCACCGCGUGCUCGUUUUUACUUCGGAGCUGCGCAUUCUUUGGGCCGUCGAUUUGAAGAGCCCCGGCCUUGACGACAAGGACCGGCCCAGCGACGUGGCUCUGACCCCCGAGGGCUACCUCGUAGUGUUGUUCGAGACGCUGCCUGACACCGCGCGCGACAUCUCCUCCCACGGCAAGCAAUAUAUUAAGGUAUACUGACUGACUAGUUUCGUAAAGUUACACUUUGGGCCGUAGGUCUCUUAUAUUUUAUUACAAGUAUUUUUGUUUUGUUUAAGUUGUGAUUUAUUUCAUAAUGUGCCAAUUUUAUUAUAUUUGAAACCGAAUCGAGCAUAGCUUGGGCGGAGAAUUAGUAUUUGUUGAUUUACAAACGUUGCACAAAUCGAAUUCUCCUUAAAAUCUUGAAACAACUUUGUUACCAUAACUUUUGAUUUCGUUUCCGUAUCGGACUAGUCUUAAGGGCCAAACGUGGUUUGCAAUAAAUGCGCUACGAUUUUGUCGCAAUUUAUAGCUUGGAUAUUAUAUUUAAUCAUAUCUGAUAUACACCAAAUCAAAUACAGGAUUGUCUUCAGUUUCAAAAAUAGCAAUUUUCUGAUAUAUUAUGCGACGCAUAACGAAUUAGACGGAGAUUGUCAAGACUUUUAUUAUGAUUAGGAUCACGAUGUGAUUUAAAAGAUGUUUUUUAUGUGAGAUAAUUUAAAAUUAGCUUGAAAAGUAUUUUUUUCCAAAAUGUUACUUUUUGCGUUCUUUUACUUGAUUAAUUUUGGUUAUUGGAGAUUUUGUCGUAAGGUUGUAGAUUUUAGUGAGUUAUUUUGCGUUUUGUAGAUCAUAUUAGUUUCUUUUGCAGCUUCUGGUACUUUGCCUAUUUUUGCCCAUUAUUUACAUGACUGCGUUUAGGUUUUUCUUCAGAGAGACUCGAUCGAAAUGGGUGUAGGACAACAGUGCUAUGAAAUUAAAUGCAAUAAACUUUGAGACUGACUUUAGAAGACUGUCUUAAAGAUGAGGGGGUGGAUGCGCGCGUUCCGGAGUAGUUCUGCGAGGGGGAGGGGAUAGAUCGCGAUUGAUGCAAUUUUACCAAUAAUUAGGUAUUACUUUUCUUAUGCAUACUUAAUACUAUGCUACAUUUAUAUUUUCUCAUUUAUGUUCUCGUUUUAAAAAUUAAUUCUAAUGAAUUUCGACUGGAUUUAUGGGCUGAUUUUAUUUUUUUAUAUUUUAAAAAUUAAAUUUCUCAAAUAUAAUUUAGGUUAUAAUUAUUUUUAGUUGUUAUUUAAUAAAUUGACUUGCUUAGGUGAAUCGUAAGCCGCGUUGGAGCAAUUUCUAAAGUCGAAGUUAGCUCGCCUAGAGCUGGGCGUGUCUGUGUAGGUUUGUCUUGUCUCGUGUGAGCUGAUCGAUAGUUAAUCCACGUUUAUGAGUGCUCCUGCCCAAGACAAUCGUAUCUUAAUAUAUCCUAGUCAGUCAAAGACGCUAUUGCAUUAGUAAAUUGUUCGGCGCGGGGAAAUUCGGUUAGUUAAAAUUUUUUAGCGAAAUUCAUCCUUCAAAAUUGUGAAUUCUAUAAGUAUAGUAUAUUUUUUAAAUCUUUCUAAGUAUAUCGAAUGUAUUCGAUUUAACAUGUGUUCAGUCUGUAUGUGUUCACUAUUUAAAUGUAGGUUAGGUUAGAACCCGUCGGUUCUAGAACUAUCAUUGUCUAGUUAAAUUGCGUGCUGUAGGCUAAUCGUUGAGGUAUCGCUUCCAGAAUAGUUUAAUAAUCUUAAUAUACUGUUAUCGUCAUUAUCAAUAUUUAGUCACUGGUUUGCCUCGGCAGCAGUACCACGAUGCUAGAUGUAUGCAAUCCUUAAAGUCGUCCUAACUCUUCGCCUAGACCUUGUAUUUAAUGCCAAAGCUACAUCUUCAAUGUUAGCUCGCUCCUUCGACCGCACGUACGGUCAUGUAACCGCUUCUAGAGUAUUCCAGAACAGUGUUUAGUAUUAGGCUCAAGAAAAGCAAUGUCUCCUGUAUGCAUAAUGUUAGUUAAAUUUAAUGUGUUAGAAUUAAAUUUUUCACGUUUUGUACUUAGGUUAAAAUUAGAUUAUAGGAGUAUAUGCCGACUCGACGUUUAACUUCAAACAAAAAUUUCUAUGUAAUGUGAAAAUUAUCUAGUUACGUAAUAACUAAUAGUUAAGUGUGGCUUAAGGUAGUGAAAUUAUUGUUUGGAAGAAAGAUAAGUGGAGGGAUAUAGUUAUCACUUUGCGCGUGUGUUGUUUUUGUUGGGCGUCCAUUGCCAUUUGGGUAAUUAUCCAUUACAAGGAAGAGGCAGUAUUCGGAACAAUGAACUAGCAUCACGCUUAAUCAAAUUAUCAAUAAAUGAACAAGGCGAAAACGACGAAAUAAAAACAUGCAGUUUGCGUCUCUUACGGUCAAUUAUGAAGGUUUCGUUAAUAUUUUCUUUCAUAACUCAAAUAUGAAUUAAUUACUUAAUUUUUUUUUCAGUGCCAUUGUAAAAGUAUUACUUUAAUUUUAAAAUACUAUGUUGCAUGAAAUGCAUUUUUUUAUAUAAUUGAAAUUUUCUACGGAAUUAUAAACUUGACGGUCAUAUAGUUAUUUUUGUAUAACGACUGAAUCUCGGUAUUUUAGACGGCGAUUUACAAUUUUGCAUAACAUAAAACGGAUUUGCAAAGCGAAUUCUAAUAUUUUGCUACUAACUUCACGGUAUUGAAAGUUCAUUUUUCAAUGUAACAAAUCUUAUGAAUGCGCAAUCUUGCUUAAUAUCAACGCGGAUAACAGAUUUCAAAGAUGCCAGCAAUUUACAAUAUUCGGUUCUACUCCUUGAUUCCGGUCGGUUCAGCUAAAAAGAUUAUCGCCAAGUCUUUGAAUUCUGUUAAUCUCUAGAUAAAGAAUCUAAUUCUUUGUUGGUCUUCAGAAUGACAGCAUAAUGUUAAUUUUCAUUAUGAUUUCUUAUUGAAUUGUUUAGAUUUAUUUUGUUAAUUUCGUGAACGGGACGGUGCCACGCUAGGAUCGCGUCCGGGACUCGAGCAACAACGAUUGGUAUGAAAUACGAGUGGUCCUAAUGUGGAACCGUCCCGACGCAUUACCACUUUGUAAAAGUGAACCAAAUUUGAAACGCAUAAUAUUGAUGUAAUCAUCCGAGUCAUAGAUUUGAUCGCGAGCAAUGUGUGUGAGAGCUGCCAGCUACUGGCAGUAUAAACAUGGUAUUGUGAUAGAUACAAUAAAAUUGAGAACUGCGCGUGAUGAUAAUUUUGUACGUGGUUUUUCAAUGUUUGAACUUUAUCAAACGGCAAAGGAAAGUCGAUUGGUUUCCUUUUAAAAACAGUGUUGUGGUAAUGUAAGACGCAAUGCGAGAACUGUACGAUACGCAGAUGAAUGUAUGGAGCCAUUAUAUUUGUGCUAUUUCUAAUGUUAUCUAGGCUUGCGUUCGUUGUGUUAGUAUUAGAGCGAUCUCAGCCGUUCGUCUCUCCUUCACGCGUUUAUCAUAUUAAUGGAACAUUUAUCGUAGUGAUCGUAUUAAAAAUACUCCUUGAUAGCGUAGAGCGUGUUUAGCUUAUGAGGUCUUUAGUGAAAUUUUAUGUCUCAAUAAAAUAGCACAUAUUAUCGAAGGAGAGAUGAAUGUCACCGAGUUUCUAUUUAGAGUAACUGAUAAGUAGUAUUUUUGUAUUUGUUCUCCGAUCGGAAAGUCACAACGACUCGACCGCGGAGAAGGUCAUGUCCACGAGUUGUUUAUGAUACGUUCCAAAUUGUGAUCGCGGCGAACGAUCUGGCAGAGGCGGAAUACGUAACAGAAAUGACUCGAUGCGUGCAUAGUUACGACAUACCGAACCUACCUCACUUGCAAAAGCAUAAAGACUGAUAGGAAUUAAUUCAGCGGUGGUCAGAUCACUGCACUAGAAGUCUGUUGUCUACUAGUAAUAGCGAAAUUCUUAAUCGUAAUUUCUUCACUUAAAUUAAGCGUCCAAUAAUCGAAUCAAAUUUUACGUUAAACUCCCCAUUUGAAGAUGACAACAGUCUUAUUAUUUUAUAAUAAUUAUCUAUAUCUUACGUUACUGUCCUGUAAUAUUGUUGAAAGAAGACUGAUAUUUUAUAAAUGUUCCUAUAUUUUAAUUUAGAAUAAUUUACUGCCUACCAUUUCAUUUUAUUUUAACCCUUCGGUAAUGAUCAUUACUUUGUCUCUUCUAAUAUUAUAAUUAAUAGUGCGUGACGCUAUAUUAUGUCAUGGAUUUUUGAAAAUUUUAAUGCAAUUUUGUAUGAAAAUUAAUCAAGUGAUUGAUAAAUUAAAUGGUGUUUUAUUUAUAUUCAUCCCUUACCGUAGUUAAAAUUAUGAUAAUCACAUGUUAUUGAGGUAUAUGACUUAAAAGUAAUUUAGAAAUAGGUACUCUCCUAAGUUCCAAUUGUUAAUAAAAUGAGAAAAAAUUAAAUACUAGAACCUACACGUAUGU